GUUGGCAAAGUAAUUAUUGACCGUCUCCUGGACACGGAGUAAUGUGUUGUUUUGAAAAUAUAAUAUAAACUAUGGCUGAAAUACAGUAUAUAAUAAUUAACGUAAACGACACAAAUGCUUAUGUUAGCCAGCUAACCAAGCUACUCACAGAAAAACCUGCGAAUCCACUUUUAAAUCCAGGAGCCCGUAACAGCGACGUGAUUGCGUAUGACGUAGCCGCAGGGGUCUUCUGGGUAUUGUAGUAGACAAUUACUCUACACAAAUUUAGUGACGUACUUCUGUUGUAUUUCUCGGAAACACAUUGUAUUGUACAUCGUAUUGUAGCCACUCGCUUUGUCAGAAGAAAUCACGACAGAAAAAGCAAGAGUCUAGCUUAAUUUCUGACAUUGAUUAGCCAAAGAACAUCAUAUCCCACAAUCCAAAGCUUUGCGUUGACGAGUAAGUAUGGCGGCUUCCACAGGCAAUGUGGAUGUGAUAACAGGACUGCUAGAGGACUAUUUAUCAAAAUUUGGAUUUGAGUGCUACCCUUUAAAGGUUGGUUGGUAUAACUCUGUGCUGCCUCCCACCCUGCGCCUGGCUUACCCUGAUGACAGCCUGGCCGUGGUGGUGCUCAGCACUCCUGACAUGUUUGAACUAGCCUUCCUGCCCUUCAUGGAGGAGAGGGGCUGCCAGGGGCUGUCUGACCCCAUAGACCAGUGUGUCAAACACUGCGUCUCCUCUGCUGUCUCCCAGUGUUUCCCCAGACAGACAGUAGAUGUGAGGUAUGACUACGAGUUGCUGCCCAGCAGGAAGCCCAAGUUCUUGGCACAGACUGCGGCUCACGUGUCUGGAGCAGCUUUCUACUACCAACAGUCUGAUGUCAGAGACCAACCCUGGGCUGAAAAGAAGAUGUUCGGAGUGUGUGUGCAUCCUAGGUUCGGGGGCUGGUUUGCCAUUCGAGCCCUGUUGGUGUUUGACGGUGUGACGGUGGGCCCUGAGAUGUCACAGCCUGUUCCUCCUGACUGUGUGCCUUCCAGAGAAGGCAGGGUACAGCUGCUGGAGGCUUUCAACUUCAACUGGCAGGACUGGAGCUACAGAGACAUCGUCCAUCCAGUCCAGACCUACUCUCAGAAACAGAGAGACUACUUUUCCACUCGUCCUGCUCAGCGGAUUGCUCUGCUUAAGACUUGGGGCUUUCUGCCGAUGGAUAAUGACCAACCUGAUCCGAACUCAGACGCACAGAGCCAGGUGAACGGACACGGCUGAAAGAGAAGAGAAGCUGCAGUGUAAAAGAUUUGCCCAUCCUCUCUGAGCACCAACCUGCACACUGCUGGACAGACUUUUUAAGACAAUUUUGUUUCAGUCUUGAUUGGCCGGCUGCGUUUGGGAUGAUGAAGUGAGCUUGUAAGGUUUUUGGUGAAAGCUAUUUAAAGGUACACAAAUACUUUUCAAGGACUUGCAUAUAAAUAUUUACUGCUUUACAGCUGCUAAAUGAUGCGUUUAAUCACACUACAUAUGUUCACACGACAAGCAGCACAAGCGGCUCCUCUCAAUUUGUCACCGUUACCGUGAAAACCUGAACAUACUCAAAUGUACGUAUGCUAUAAACAUUAGUGCUGCUGUGUCAAACCUUGUCCAAAUGUGUUUAAACCAAAUUAUUUUGGAGAAUGCACUUUAUAUCCUUGCUGCCUGUAACACAAACUGUAGCAGCAAGUUUUGUAGCAGUUUUGACUUUUGACUUCACACAUUGUAUCACUUGAUUCACUCAAUAUCAACAUAAGGGGCUUCAACAAGCCCUGUAACACCAGCCUGCCUUCAAUUUGCCGUCUGUAUCUUUACCCGCCAGUUCUUGAUCGCAAGGAGAACAAACUUCACUUUUUUUCUAUUUGUUGUAAUAGUGAAGCCAUAAAAAAAAAAAACAAAUACAAAUCAUAAAGAAU